AUGCAAACCUCCAAGGUGCUCCGCGCCUCCCCCGCAUUCUCUGCCCUUCGCUCCUUCAGCACCUCCUCCGCCCAGAACCGUGCCCCAUCCAUCCGUGACAUUACCCCUACCAAUGCCUCCGAAUUUGACGCGCGCCAGAAGGAAUUCCGCGAGAGUCUAGAGCAGGCCCGCAAGAAGAGACAAGAGCAAGAGAGUCAGUCUGUCGCAAACACCCUUCGUGAUCGUGCCCAAGAGCAAGAACAAUUAGAUAUCGCGGCUGAGAAUGGCACAAAGCGAGGACCUCUGUCAUCGCUCAUCUACGGGACACGAGAAGGCCAGCAUUUCGACAAGAGCAUUGAGCGAUCAUUCUCGCAGGUUAUUGCUCGUGGUAAAUACGUUCACUCAAUUGUCUUUCACGACGUCAAGCCCGACAAGGUUGAUGAGUACGUGGACCUGGUCGGCAAAUGGUACCCUCGCAUGGCAUCCCUAGAAGAAAACAAGGUGAACCUGGUCGGCAGCUGGCGCACCCAGGUUGGAGACAACGACACAUUUGUGCAUAUCUGGGAGUACCAGCGCUACACGGGUUAUCACGACUCCCUUCACAACAUUUCUCAGCACCCCGAAUUCCGAGAGUUUGACAAACAACUAAAAUCCCUGAUCAAGAGCAAGGAGACAUCGCUCAUGCAAGAAUUCUCCUUCUGGCCGACCACUCCUCCUCGUCGUCUCGGUGGUUUGUUCGAACUACGAUCCUACACCCUUCACCCAGGCAAUCUUUUGGAAUGGGAGACACACUGGCGCCAAGGACUACAGGCUCGCCGCGAGGUUAUGGAGGGUGUCGGUGCUUGGUUUGUGCAGAUUGGCGAUCUCAACACGGUGCACCAUCUCUGGCAGUUUGCUAAUUUGGAGGAACGCAAGAUUCGUCGUGAGCAAUCCUGGGGUAUUGAAGGCUGGGCGGACACGGUUCAUCGAACGGUACCUCUUAUUCAGUCGAUGAAGAGCAGGAUCUUGAUUCCCAUGCCAUGGAGCCCAGUUGGUUGA